AUGAGGCAAAGGAGAAACCAUGUAAUCCCAUUGCCUGCUGGUGUUGAUGACGUUGAGAAAUUGAACCUUCACACCAACAAUUCACACCCAUCUCUAUCCACAAUCUUCAUCUUUUGUUUGGUUACUCGAAUAAUCAAUUCAUUGCUUGUCCAAACAUAUUUCAACCCGGAUGAACACUGGCAGGCUCCUGAAGUAGCUCACCGAAUUGCAUUUGGAUAUGGGCAUUUGACAUGGGAAUGGAACAAGGGUAUAAGGAGCUACCUGCAUCCUGUUAUUUUUGCUGCUCUAUAUAAAGUUCUUGCACUUUCCCAUCUGGAUAACUCUUGGUUCAUGAUAAGGGCACCACGUUUGCUGCAGUCUGUAUUCUCUGCCAUUGGUGAUCUCUACUUGUACAAAUACUCAAAGGCGUUGUUUGUCAUUCCCAUUGGGGGGCUUGUGCUCGGUUUUACGCUCUUAUUGGAUUGUCAACUUUAUGGGUCGUGGGUUAUGGUUCCCCUUAACUUUGUGAAGUUCAAUUUUCUUUCUUCUGGAGGGGACUAUUAUGGAACUCAUGCAUGGCAUUGGUAUAUCACACAAGGCUUCACGAUCAUGCUAUUCACAUAUAUACCUUUUUCUAUUGCCGGUAUUAUUAUGUCCAAAGAGUGGAAGCUUUCUGGACUUAUUAUAUGGGUCUUGGGAGUAUAUAGCCUUCUCGGCCAUAAAGAAUUCAGGUUUGUUCUUCCUGUGCUACCCAUAGCGUUGAUUUUCUCGGGGAUUCCAUUAGCCAAUUUACAUCAACGUAAAAUGUCAAAGAGAAAGCAAAUUCGGAACUCUCGUAAAAACCACUAUUCCAGACUGCAUAUGUCGGUCAUUUUCCUACUUGUAACUAAUCUCCCGAUGGCUCUAUACAUGAGUAUGGUUCAUCAGAGAGGUGCAGAGGAUGUGAUGAACUAUCUCUCGAAGGAGGCCAGAGACAAUAAAGUAAAAAGUAUCCUCUUUUUGACACCUUGCCAUGCUACGCCAUACUAUUCGACCCUACAUCAAAACAUCUCUAUGCGUUUCUUGGAUUGUACACCAAGUGAAGAAAGAGGAAACUUGGACGAGUCGGACCAAUUUUUACAGGAUCCCCUUGCUUUCGUGAAAACACUUGCGAGAAAUUGGACACCACCCAGCCAUAUUGUGCUAUUUGAUUCCCAAGAAAAGCCGUUAAAGGACUUCUUAGUCUCUCACAAGUUUGAUGAGAUGAAAAGGUUCUUUCAUGCUCACUUCAAAGUGGAUAGGGAACUUCAAGGAUCAAUCGUUGUGUACAAGUCUCGAGAGCAGUGA